AUGGCAUUUCAGGGAGUUCAAUUUCAGAUUCAGACAACACCCGAUGAGGCACCAUGGUACAAACAAGUUGAUCCGACAAUGACGCUCGACAAAUUACUAAAAUUAACGGAAGAAUUUUCCCGUAUCUACAAAACGCAUGGUGAGUCAUUAAACAUCAAGAAGUAUGCAAUGCGUAGUUCACUGAGAGAAACUAGUGCACCACAAAAUGUAAACCAACCUCAGCAACAGUCACCGCAACAACCCCCAUCACAGCAACACCGACAAGGACAAAAUCAGGUGGCACCAUCAAUCGCUACACUACCACCCCCACCGGUGGCGCCACAGCUUAAUGCAGCUGUAGCUGUAAAAGGUGCUGAACCAACUCGACGGAUUGAUCUCAGUGAUUACAAAUUACGGAAUAAUGCAGCGCAGCAGCAGCAGCAACCGAGUUCUCAGAAUUCUGUAGUACAAGCUCAACGACGAAAUUUCAUGCGCCCUGAUGUAUUAUCACAAACAGCUAGCAAAGGACUGGAUUUACCUCUUCCUCCAAUUAUUGCAAAUGAAAAGCAGCUAAAUCAAAAUAGGCAGGAGCAAGUUAUUGUCAAACCAAAUGAAGCGAGAGUCGUCCAACUGUCAAAAUCUGGAGCACUCAAACAGAUGAUCUCGCAGAAACCUGUUAUCACAAAUGUCUCGAAACCAUUGCAAUCAGUCAGGCAGGCAACACUGAUCAGCGAGCAGGAACGACAUAAAAAACCCAAGCCAGAUGAUUACGAUAAGGAUUUAAAACAUAGAAGGAUUGAGAAGACGAUUACGGAAGGGUCUCAUCAUCGGAAGAGGCCUUAUGAAAAUAUUGUGGCUAUUAAUCAGCUAGAUAGCGGCUCCACUAUAGAAGCGACUCCAGCGACGAACGUAACAUCGACUCCAAAAUCUGGAACACCAAAAGCAGUGGAACGUCACAAUUACAACUCCACUUCGAGGUCACGUGAGGAAACGGCUUCUCAGUUAGUUAAACGUGACACUAAUAGUACUAACAACAGCAAUAGAGGCCGUGAUGAAAGUAUACCAUCGCGACAGCGUGAUGAUGUGACAGCACUAAAAAGAGCGCGACAGACAGCUCCCCUGAUUGCGCUUCUACCAACUCCACCAGUGUCAAGUACCGCUUCCGUAAUGACUAAUUUGCAAAGUUCAAAGUAUAACUCAUCGACAGUGCAGCCGAAUCGUUCAAAUCAUAUUGCUGAAGGUACACACAGAGCUAAUGCUAAUACGAAUUGGUCGGUGACGAGCGAUUAUUAUAUGGGCUCAUCUUCCAGUAAUGCGUCACGUUUUGCACAGUCAUCUGGAUCGUCUAAUCAUAGACAUUAUUCAUCAUCAAGUGCCGGACGUACGAAAUCACGUGAACCCUUACUAAGUACACCUGACACAGGGAACUCUUAUUAUAAACGUUCCCGUCUGCGACCAUCUUCACCUACUACAGUAACGAUAUCAAAUACUUAUCGGCAGUCACAACGUCCGCCAAGUCCUGAAAAUCGUACAGGAUCCAGUUAUUCAACUUUGCCACCGCCACCUUUACCACCGCAAAAUGAAGAACUUGAAGACGGCGAAGUUUUAUAA